ACAGCAAAGAAGGGAAAGCGUAUUGCUAGUUGGUAGAGGAGAAGAAGAAGAAGAAGAGGAGGAGGAAACGGCAGCAUCCUCUGCAAAUUUCCUCUCCAGCCUCUUUAACUGUCUGUGUCUGACUCUUAACCUUAUGGACUAGAUUCCUCCUCAGGUGAAUUCUUCAGUGUUGGAUCCUUUGUUUUUGUAUGUUUCUCAUCAAGAUGCAGGCACAGUUGGCGUGUAUGCUUCUCCUCUGUUUCACAUGUGGUGGACUUUGCACAGAUGUCGACCAGGAUCAGCGAGCGCUAGAAGAGGAGCUACUCAGCAGUCUCUUUACUUCCAAGAUGAAACAGAAUAAACAGAGUGCCCCCUACUGGCGUGUGUCGCUGGCCAAUCUGUGCAGGAUGGUGAGCAGCCUGCGGCAGGAGGCAUGGAGUGGUGAGGAGAAGGAGGACGGAGAGCUGAGGGAGGGGAGCCACCAGCUGCUGGAGGAGUUGUACAACCUGCAACACAUCUGCCAAGCGCUGCAGAGCCGGGAGGAGAGGCUACUCCAUGACUCCCUAGAAUAUUUAGAGGAGAACAGUGACACUCCUCUGAAACGGAAAUCACCCUACAUACUGAAGAGGCAAGCUGCACACACCACAAAGUCCCGAAGGCCAUACAUCUUAAAACGAAGUACAAUUUACUGACAACCAUCCUGAAGAGGCCGAAGUGACGUUUUAGGGGACCAGACCACAUGCUUUCUGUGAAGACGUGAUUGUGUUUUUUUCUCUCUUCUUGUAGCUGCAAUGUUUUUCAUUUUCCCCUUUGUCGUUUUUAUCCAGUCAGACCCUUCGAUUGUACGUUAAGCAUUGAGGCCUGCCUGUAUUCUGCUCCUUUCAGCAUAGGUCCUGAAAAUAAAAUCCUAAGCAUCAAGCAAAAUGUGUAUCUCUGAGAAACUAUAUUUAUUUACUCUUUUUCUUCACUGCGCACUAAGUCUUUUUUGUUUCAGGAUAUGAUUAAAUGAUUCAUGA